GUUGCGAUCGGUUGGUUUAUUGGUUUUAAUUGAACGCUGUUAUAUAUAUCUGCGGCAUUAAUAAAAUGGUGGUGCGUGCUCUAAUUCGCAGUAACGCUGUUGUGGCUGUUAUCGUGGCGAAUACAAUUAAAAAACGGAGUUUCUGGCAGUUUCAAAAGAUAAAGUGAAGAGGUGCAGCUACUCCGCUUGCUGUGGCUCUUGUGAAGUGCAAAUUAAUGCGGAAAAAAGUGAAAACCCUGGCUGCGUACUAAUCAAUGAAGGCAAAUGAUCGUUUAGUGCUUUUGUAUCCAGCUUUUGAAUAAAUUUAAAUCGGUUCCCUGCUUGGCUUACGUUCGGUUUGCUGCUGGUUCGCGUAGCAUUUUUAGACAUUUUAUUAACCGAAACUGUUCUUUAAAUUGCUUAAUUUAACGUCGGAAUGCCACGUAAAUUUAAUCAAUUGUAAUGUUGCUGCUCAGUUGUGACAUUUUCCUUGUUUUCCUGUUUCCUUGGCAACAUAACAUAGCAACAACAAAGGCACAGGAAUAACAAAAUCAGCUGAUUGACGGUCAGUGCUGGAAAGCGCUGUCAACUUGCAAUUCAACUGACUCUUCCCCGACCACGUCGAACGGCGAACGCUUAUUAUGAUCUUAUCUGGGCGGAGCACCUUAUGGGCAUAUUUGAACUGUGAUACUUUGUGUCAUUGUUGGGACACAACAGAGCUUAGCCUUUAAUUAACUACAGACUGGACAAUAAUUAAUUGAUGCAUUAAUUAACAAUGGUGCGACUCAACAGACGUCUGCUGCCCAUCAAGGCGCAUUUCUUCUUUUUUAUGGCAGCAAUGGGACCCAUACUCCCCCAACUGGUUGUAAUAGGCAAGCAAAUCGGUGUUCCUCCAGACGUAAUGGGCUAUAUAAUGGCCGUCUUGCCCAUACUAUAUGUCCUGGCCAAGCCCCUGGUGGGUUUCCUUGUGGAUUAUUUUACGAGCCUGCGAAAGUUCAUCUUUAUGUCGCUGAUCCUAAUCAUGACACUCGCCUAUGGCGGCUUCUAUUUCUUGCCGGAAAACUCGCACUUCAUCCCACUGGAGGAAGGCAGUGUCCAUUGGAAUGUGACACUGCUGACGGAUCUACACGAGUGCAGUCCCAUGAUCUACUCCUCGAAAGCAUUCUGCCAGACAGUUCACGAGGCGGAUUGCAGUCAGGGAGAGAAUCUCUAUGCAGCUAUGAUUGUAGCCUCUGAGGCAAGGCUGAAUCUCAGCGAGAAUAUGCUUCAUGGCAACGAUAGCUAUCACAUCUGCCUCACAUCGUCAUCUCAGGCCAGUCCCUCAGGGAUGAAUACAUCCUGUGAGCUUCAGCAUGUCAGCUCCUGCAUCUAUGGCACGGGAAAGUUCUGGCUUUUUGUGUUCCUCCUGUUCUUCGGAACCAUUGGCUUUAACGUCGUCAAUUCUAUAUCGGAUGCCUGCUGCUUUGACCUGCUGGGUGAGGCCGAACAGGAUAAGUACGGAGCCCAGCGGGUGUGGGGUACCUUAGGCUUUGGAGCCACUGCUCUUCUGGCAGGCAUCAUGGUCAAUUGGUGGACCUCGGAUGCGGUGAAGAGCCUCACUCCGGCCUUGAUAAUCAUGUGUGUGUUCAGCCUGCUGGAUUUGUUUAGUGUGUCCAAACUGAAACUGCCGAAGCUGGGCGGCUCCGAGUCCAUUUGGAGCGAUGUCUGGCAGCUGGUACGCCAGCCACCCAUCGUCGUCUUCCUGCUAUUUGCCACCAUGGCAGGGAUCAUUGACUCCUUCAUCAUCUACUUCAUGUUUUGGCACCUGGAGGAGGUGGCAAAGGAUACGGGUUACAUGGAUCAGAUCAAGCUCAUCGAGGGACUGGUCGUGGCCGCCGAGUGUCUGGCCGAGGUGCCCUUCUUCUUCUACAGCGGCAAGAUUAUCAAGAAGCUUGGCUAUGUCCACUGCAUGAGCAUGUGCUUCUUCUUCUAUGCAGUGCGACUUUCGCUGGUCGCCUGGAUCCCGAAUCCCUGGUACCUUGUGGGCGUGGAGCUCUUCUUCCAGGGCAUCACAUACGCCCUGUGCUACACCUGCAUCGUGGCAUAUGCUUCGGCGGUGGCGCCUCCGGGCACUUCUGCAACCGUUCAAGGACUAAUGGCCGGCAUUGACGAUGGUCUCGGCUUCUCCAUUGGCUCUUUGAUUGGCGGACUGAUCCUUAAGAGUCUGGGCGGACGGGAAAGCUUUAAAUACUUUGCCAUUGUCGCCCUUUGCACCUGCGUGGCUCACAUUGUCGUGCGUCCCACCUCCAGAAAGCGGCAGUUCCUCCCCAAGCAGGGAUAUCAGCAGCCCGCGGAACAGGACAUCAAGUUUCCGCCACCGCUGCCCGACCAGGAAAUGCAGGACCUUCGUUGACCCAGAACCUUAGAACCUUAGAGUAAGAGUAUAGAUUAUAGAUUUUGUUGCCUAUUUUUGUACGCAUCGUUCAAAGUAACAAGACAAGAAGAUGUCCGAAAGUUGAACGACUUUUCUGUCCGUUGAUUGUUCCAUUGUUGGCGCGCACACGCGAUCUCAAGUGCUCCAACCCCUUCCAGCUGUCAAUAUAUAUGGUUAUAAUACCUGAGAGCACAAAAGAACUCAUUGAAAGUGAAACUGGGGCCAAGCGGCAGAUGAUGCCCCGCUCGCUUAAAUGGCGCGCGAUUCCCACUCCAUAUAUUAACAAAACUGGCCGGAUCGAUCGGCCUGCUUGCUCCAAGAUCAAGAAUCGAAAGUCGAUUCGACACUGACUGGCAAGGUUGAGAUAUAUUAGAGAAUUUUAUAUUUAUGUACCAUUGCAGUUUGCAAUUGCAUAUAGGAUCAAACCGGAAAUAAUUUUUACCGGUAUUUUUAUAUGACCUUUUUUUCAACAAAUCAAGUGUUAAAAUAACUCAUAACUCAAAAAAGCAUUAAUUUUAAUUCAGA